AUGUCAUUUGUUUGUGGCAGAGACCAUUCAAAAAAGUUCAAACCUGAAGAUAUGCAGUUACAAAUACAAGGAAAGAAUUGUGUGGUCACUGGAGCUAACUCUGGUAUUGGUUACGCAGCUGCAGAAGGUCUUGCUUCACGUGGAGCAACUGUUUACAUGGUGUGUCGGAACAAGGAAAGAGGACAAGAGGCUCUUUCUAAGAUUCAAAACUCUACAGGAAACCAGAAUGUCUACCUUGAAGUUUGUGAUUUGUCUUCUUUCAAUGAUAUAAAGUCAUUUGCUUCGAGUUUUGCUUCCAAGGAUGUUCCGGUUCAUGUACUGGUUAAUAAUGCUGGUUUUCUUGAGAACAAACAUACUACCACACCUGAAGGGUUUGAGUUAAAUUUUGCGGGGAAUGUACUAGGGACAUACACAAUGACAGAGCUGAGGCUUCCACUGUUGGAGAAAGCGUCACCUGACGCCAAAGUCAUCACCGUCUCCUCUGGUGGAAUGUACACGUCGCCACUUACUACAGAUCUUCAGGUAACCAAUCUGACAUUCAUGACACCUUUUGUUUGUGUAACCUCUUUGGCACUGUUUGCAUCACUCAACUCGCGCUGCUGCGUAUGGUUUUUCUACAGUGAUAAGUACAAGAACAAAGGCAUAGAUUCCUACUUAAUGCACCCUGGCUGGGCUGAGACACCUGGUGUCGCCAGGAGUUUGCCUAGUUUCAAAGAAUCUUUCUCUGGUAAGCUUAGAACCAGCGAAGAAGGAGCAGACACAGUCGUUUGGCUAGCACUUCAGCCUAAAGAGAAGCUUGUCUCUGGUGCAUUCUAUUUCGAUAGAGCAGAAGCACCAAAACACCUGACACUUGCAGAUCACUAUGCCUUGUUGGGAUUGGGCAGUUUGAGGUAUCUUGCAACAGAGGAUCAGAUUAGGAAAAGCUAUCGUGAGGCUGCUCUGAAGCUUCAUCCUGAUAAGCUUUCUGCUGCUCUCCUUCUUUCUGACGAGAGUGAUGUAGCGAAGCAAGCUAAGAGAGAAGCGAUUGAAUCUCACUUCAAGUUGAUCCAAGAAGCAUAUGGGCUUCUCAUGGACCCAAAUAAGAGAAGAAUAUUUGACUUUACUGAUGAGUUUGAUGACGCAGUCCCAAGUGACUGUGCUCCUAAAGACUUCUUCAAGGUGUAG